AAAAGUUGCUUGCGGAAACGUCCUGAUGGGCCUACUGGCGGUACCAGUAGAGCUUCAUGGCAUCGGGGCGACUAGUAGCACUGUGUUUUUGCAAGUCAUGAAAUCAGUUGCUUCACGGCUUCGCCUCACACAUAUCCCGCCUAGACGCUGAUUACCGCAAGACACUUCUCUCAUGCCCACAACUGCGACGGAAAGUGGAUAUUAUGAUGAAAGUAUGGAUGUAAUGGGAGUAGACGAGGAACGAGAAGUUGAUGAACUAUUGGAAGAUAAGACAACAUCUGUCUUGGACAAGGCAGAGUUGAUGGCAAAACUCCGUGAGACCUGGCAGAGGAUAUGGCCAGUGGACAUUAUCGUGGACUGGGUUGAAAAACAGCCUGCCUGUGCGGCGUGCGUGUCACAAUCACGCAAAUGCUACGGUGCACCGCAACCGGGAUCGUUGCGUUGCAUGCCAUGUGCACGUUCAAGGGCCAAACCAUGUCCACGAAAACGCCAGUUUCAAAUUGAAAAGUCGGCUGAAGUGCUUCAGCUGACAGUUGAGCAGGUUGAGGAGCUCGUACGACAGGUGGAAGCCUCUCCUCUGAAGCUCCCACCAUCCGGCAAGCUAUGGAGGAGUAGCACCGAAAAGAACAUUCGUAGAAUGGCACGCAGGUCCGCACCUGGACACUCGAACCUACCCCGCCCCCCUACUGAUACCGUUCAAAAUUCAGUCCCCUCAUGCUCGCUACCGCGGCCACCUCACAACGUUCCUACCGGCUUAAAAAUCAAACUUCCUGCUCUCGCCCGGGGACCUGAAAAACCAACCCGUCUGGCUGAGCCAGAUCCGCCACAGGUAAUUCCUGUGCACGAUACGCCUGUCAUUCCCCGAGGCUCUCACGUCACGACGCACGACGCACCAUCCGUCGGACAAGCGCCCAGUCUUCCUGGGUCAUUAUCCGCCUCCGUCGCAGAGUGCCUCCCACCCGCCAGAGAGAUUCAAGUACAGUCUCCAAUUCCCCCACCAACAAUUCCAGACGUUAAUCCAGCACCAAUAAUCCCAGAAGUUAAUCCAGCACCUACAAUUGUUACACUACGUGGAGUCGAUUGUGGACCAACGGACGAAUUCGACGAGAUUCCGGUUGUCUUCGCAAGCGAAUUGGACCAUGCUGAAGAGGAGAUUGCACGGCUCAAGUCUGCUUUGGAAGCACAGGAAAAGGAGGUUGCAAGACUCCAGCGUAACCUCAAACGACGGGACGAGCAACUCGAGGACAUUCGCGAAGAACUUGACGAAGUUAUUCAUCUCCCUACUCCUCACGCAACGCCAGCCUCAGAACUAGAACAUAGUAUGCGAAAGUAUACCGCCUGUCAGUAUAUCGCACGGACUCUUCGAGCUAUGCGUGCGGAUACUGUGACAGAGGAGGAACGAGAGGCUCUGCUGUUGAAAGCAGAGCGCCAUCUUGGCAGACUCGCUAAUAUAGAGAUGGAUGGGAUAUGGGAUCCUAAAGCUGAUGCAGACGCGCUUUUCAUGGGUCUGGUCAAUGGGUCAUCUGCGAGAGCAGCGAGGCACGCGCAAAGAGGAGCAGCCAACCCUACCCCAGCUAAAACUUCUGUAUCUGCAUCCGCAACCCAGCAACGCCCGCCUAAACGGAGACGGCAAGGAGACACGGAUGAGCUAUGAUUUAUGAGUACAAGACGAUCAUCUGGCUGGACCCGUGUUUUGACACAUGUACGAUGCAAUGCAUGAUACACGUAACAUGCAAGUGAUAGCAAAUACUUAGGCUCGAUGUUGUACGAAUGUGUUGUUCAGGUCAGUUUGCACGGAGGUGUAUUGCUGUGUUACUGGUACGGUAUUCUACAUCGAUAGUUCUUGACGUACUGUUAUGUAUAUGGUUAUGUGAUUCGAAAGAUCAGGCUCGUUGAUUGCUUCUCCCGAAAUUUGGAAGUACCAACUACAAGACAUGUGAAAUCUCAUGCUGCUGAUUCAUGUCAUCAUGAUUCACAACAACAUCGGCGAUGGAGCCGGGCUCGCGAACUGCGUGAACGUGAAUAAUUAAUAGUCUGU